AUGGACUGCGAGUCCAGCAGGCAUGAUGACUCCGGCCGGUCAACACCACAGCCCCAGGCUAUGCCCACUCCUAGGCCUAGUGCCAUCAUUCUCUCCCCAACCUGCAGGCAGUAUUCUACAUAUUCGAAAAAUAAAUGUGAAUGUGUGCAGGUAGUGUGGGCAGUGUGUGUUGCAGGAGCUGGGUGUGCUCUAGGGGCAGUCCUCGCCUUCCCUGCCCUCGUUAUGGACACCUGGACGAACAAUACUGACGUAGAUCUCAGCCGUACACACGCCCGAUGGUUUGGAAGCGUGGCUCAGCUAGCCUCCAUCCCCGGGUCUAUCCUGGGUGGGUAUCUGAUGGAUGCGACAGGUCCACGUCGACUUCUGCUUCUGCUACUUCCGGUUCUUGCUGUCUCAUGGUUCCUCCUGCUGCUCACCACUCAUCAUCCCGUCUUACUCAUAGCUCUGCGCGCGCUGCAGGGCAUAUUGACAUCCUGGUGUUCAGUGAGCGUGUAUGUGUACCCGUGUGAAGUGAGUGAGGCAAGCAGACGAGGAAUGCUCGACGCCCUGCCCGACGUUGCCUUUUCCAUGGGGUACCUACUAACAUUCCUGCUGGGGGCCUUAAUACACUGGUCCACGCUGGUGUUGCUCAUCCCAACUUGUAUCUUCCUUCCCUGUAUCACUGCUGUAAUCACUGUUCCAGAGUCACCCAGAUGGUUACUUCAGACUGGUAGACUGGAAGAAGCAAGACUUGUACUUCAGCGUGGAAGAACAACCGAAUGUAAUAUAGAAAAUGAGCUGAUUAUGAUGAAGGAAAGGGUCAAUAAUCAGGCGUUAAAAUGGCGACCAGGCUGUCAGGGAACGUUGCUGGGAAAACCAAAAUUUCUCUUACCACUACUUGCUGCAGUAAUGCUCGUUAUAUUCAAAGAAUGCACAGGACAAAUCACAGUGACGUUGUUCGUGGUUCGGCUUUAUAGUUUAAUGAACACAGGAAUACCGCCUAUCUGGAGUUCCAUAAUUGUUUGCACUGCUCACGUCAUAUCUAACUUAAUAAGCUGCCUGCUUUUAAAUUACAUGCCCCACCGCAGCUUACUAUCUUCUGCCUCGGCUAUUGCUGGCCUGACCAUGGCAGUGAAUGCAUUCUACUUUCUAAAGGCAGAUUCCCGAACUUCGCAAGAGUGGGUACCACUGCUAUGCCUGCUGGUGUUCGUGGUAGCUUACGGUAGUGGAAUAGGUCCUGUAGCGAGGCUGAUGGCCACAGAAUUGUUGCCUAGGCCAGUGCAGGGACUAGGAAGUGGUUUCUCUACUGCUUUUGUUUGCAUCAUACAGUUUGGUCUUGCCUACUUGACUGUUAAUGCUGAUGAUUUCCCGAUGCAUAUUUGUUUCUUCAGCUAUUCAGCCGGCUGCUUUAUCCUGGCUGGGUUUACUCUCCUCUUGCCAGAAACACAGAGUCUAAACCUUGAGGAGAAGGAACAAUACUGGGAGGAUUUUACAAGCCAACUUAUACUCACACGAUAUUGGUCCUGCUCUAUCUUGAAGGUUAAAUCUUUUACAGAAGACAAUCAACACUGACGAAGUAAACUAAGGAAGAUUACAUAAGAAUUACUUAACUACUCAACUUUGAUAUUACAGUUCAUACACUACACUUGAUCAUAUAUAAAGUACGACUUUAAAAAAUGUUAAAGUUUUAUUCUUUUACCAUAGAACUAAGUGAUAUUAUUUAGUACAUUCGAAAAAUUCUUAAGAGUCAAACAGACUAAACAACCAACUUCAAAAUAGUUAAUAGCUAACAAUGUCUGAUAAAUACAAAUUCCAGGUGAAAGUUCCUUGUAAGAAGAAAUGGUUAUAAUUAUGACAAUUUUUUGAGGGGUGGACCGGUAAGCCAGCGGAAGACCUCGGUCACAUGACCAAAAGCUCUAGCGGCUAAGACUCGCGUCAGAAAACACUUGUCCUGUUUCCUGACAGACUUGACCAAACCAGCCUCUAUUCGGGCACAGUGCCUGUAGAGGCACGCAAGACUACAGUAUGUCUGGCUUUUAUACAACAUAUGUAUUAUUCUUGCUCAUCGCGGUAUUAUCCUGGACGUGUGUAAGGGAACAUAUAAGCCAGAUUGAGCUGAAAAUAGAAAUGCUGAAAUUGGCAAAUAAAAUGAAAUGACUGAACAGAUUACCUGGAGAGAGUUUACCUGGAGAGAGUUCCGGGGGUCAACGCCCCCGCGGCCCGGUCUGAGACCAGGCCUCCUGAUUAUAUCCAUUUUACUUCAAGUUGUGAAAGAGAAACCAUGAUCAGUAUUGUGAUAAACGGUUUUGAAAACUGUCUCUCAAUCAGUAUUAUUCGAAACCUCAGAGGAUGUGAAUAAUUAGGUAUUAGCCAUUAUACCUGGCUAGACAUCUAAUAUAUUCUUUAAUACAUCUGAGAAAGAAUAGAAUAUCUAAUUUCAUUGUUAGUAAUAAUAUAAAUGAAUUUAGAACUGAAAGAGUAAGAUAUUUAAUUAAUGAACCUACAUAAAGGUUGAAAUUAUUUAAAUUUGUAUCAUUAACCCAAUGCUGUACUGCUAAUAGUCAAUAUUGUUAACCUAAUUCUGCACUACUAAGAGUCAAUAUUGUUACUUGCAUU